CAAUUAAUAAUAUGCUACCAGAUAGUGAAUGUUCUUUUGCUGUGCGCGAGUCCGUAGACACUAUUAUAUGGUUUAGUAAAGAAAGUAAUAGCUCCACUGAGAUGAAGGUGUCUGUAUAAAAGCCAUUCUCUCGUUUACUAGAAAAUAGUUCUUACUGCGCUCUCGACCUACACUUACAUCGCAAUGGAACUACGGAUAUUAACGAUUAUCAUUGUUCACAUCGGCAUAUGUGUUGCCUCACAUCAUCCGCACACAAUACCAGUCGAAGGAUAUGAAACGGAACUGCACAACCUUGGCGAGCAUGUGGAAAUACCAGAAACCCCAGUAAAAAUUAUCAAAAUCACUAAAACUGUGGCGGUCAAAAUACCUGUUCCAUAUCCAGUGAAAGUGGUGGAGAAGGUACCAUAUCCGGUUCAUAUUAAUAAGCCUUAUCCAGUCCCAGUUCCUCAGCUAGUUCAUGCACCAUACACUCCAAAACGUCACGAACACCUGGCGUUGGGCGACGGCCACAGUUUCCAAGGCAACGCAGACAACUCCUACCAGGUCAAAGAAAACAAUGAACACAAUUCGCCAAGCUAUAAUGGCCCAGCUUAUAGCGGACAUGCUCCAAUUUCCGAAGACUAUGCGGAAGAAUCUCCCAGUUAUACAAAACACAAUAACUAUUACGGAUCUAAUGGGCUAGAAUCAAAUUCUGCUAUUCAACAAAAUCCUUAUGGUUAUAAUUCGCAUACUGAAGACGUGAAUAAUUAUUAUUAAAGCUAGUAUAAUGCUUAUUUAAUUAAUGUGUACGAUUGGGACAUGUAUGACGCAGUUUGUGUGUACUUUUAAUUCUACUUCUUUCUACUUAUGAUAAUUACGAUGGUUCAUUUAUUCUGUUUGUUGCUAGUUGUCGUAAGAAGUCUUUGUUGCUAGAUGUGUAUAUAAUAUAUAACUUUAUCA